AACCAUGUGCCGCUGCUGAAACUGUCGUAUAAAAGAACCAAAGAAGUUCAGUACAAAUAUUUGUGAAAAAAAUCAGAACUUCAGAACUUCUCUCUAAAAUGAAGUGCUUUUCUACUCUGCUCAUUUUGACUGCACUCUCUGCAACUGCUCUAGCACACAACAAUGGGGCCAUUCCAAUCACGAUCAAUGGUCAAGAUGUCACCAAAUAUGUCCUCUCUACAGACAACGACAUGAACAACGUCAAGGUCUCCAACCGCACCAUCACCCUCGUUGCAGGGGGCAGGGUCUAUAUCGGAAACUCAGCAUCAGAUAAACUCGAUACUGCGUCGUAUUACGAUUUCGACCUUCAAGACACUACAUCCCAAGGCAAACGACUCACCUUCAAUGUGGACAUGAGUGAAGUUGGUUGCAGCUGCAAUGGAGCUCUGUACCUUGUUAGUAUGCCUGCUUAUAAUUCAGCCCAACAGCCAGAGCCUGGGAAAGAUGGAUCCUAUUACUGCGACGCUAAUCAAGUUGGGGGCACCUACUGUCCUGAAAUGGAUGUUAUGGAGGCUAACAAGUAUGCAAUGGCCUCUACUGCACACACGUGCAACUAUGUGGCCCCUCACUAUUACUCCACUUGCGAUCGUGGAGGCUGUGGUACUAAUGUUCUAGACGACCACAAGGAUGAGUUUGGACCAGGGAAGAAGAUCGACACAAACAAGCCAUUCACCGUUUCUGUCACUUUCAUGAAAGGUGGUGAUAAUAAAUUGUCGUCUAUUGAAAACAAAUUCGAACAAGGCGGUCAGAGCAUCACGUUCAACGCAUGCAAUUCCGAUUACCUGCAGUGGAUGGGAUAUAGUCUACCAGGUAUCGUCAUGACAAUGAGCCUGUGGGGGACCCCUGCUGGAGGCAUGUCCUGGUUGGACGGCAAGUCUGGUUGUCAGGGAGGAUGUAACCUGCCAGGAUCUAGAGUCUCCUUUUCAAAUAUUCGCAUUGACAAUGUGUAGUUAACUGAAUCCUAGAGUGUAAUAUGCCUAUGAUUAUAUUAUUGCCAUGCAUAUAAUUAUAUAAAUAGUCUGUUGAGAUGCAUAAUUAUGGCACUAUCAGU